CUUACCGUUUACCACAAGCUAGCUGUUACCCGUAAGCGAUGAAAGCAGAAAAGAAUCGGUAAAACGUCACAUAAAUGGAUAUAAUUUGACGUUAGGACGCGAUUAAAGAGCCGAUACGCUGUUUUUUAAAGGUUAGCGUCGCUGUAAGUCGCCAUCCGUCACGGUUUUACUCAGUUAGCUUUCUAUUAUUGAACCAUCUGGUGAAGCUUGCUAACAUUAGCAGGUCGGUUACUGCCUGGUUGGUUACUGCCUGGUGAUGGCUGUGGCACACAGAGGUUGUGUCGUGGCUGGAUUUUUAUUCCUUUUUCUGCUGGCUGGAUGCAAUGCGAGGAUACACAAGCUCAGCCUGAAGAAUGAAACUCGGUUCGUCGUCCACCUCAACACCUUCGGUUUCUACACUAACGGGACUCUAGAUGUCAACCUGCUUUCUCUGCGCCUCCCAGAACAGCUGGUGAACUACAGCAAGUACCCUGUUGGUUUCAGCCUCUCCAGAUCACGUGUGAGUGGAGUCCUCUCCUACACAGCGCAGGAGACGGAGACGUGCCAGCUCUCUGUGAAUCAGUCGCCCAACAACGAGCCGCUCAUUCUUUUUCUUAUUGAUAUCAACACCCUCAGCGUCAGUGUAAAAGUGUUCGGUGACCAAGACAACACCUUGUCCGCAAAACUGAAGCAGGAGACGGCGCCUUCUAAAGACAAAGGUCAGAGGAAAAGAAGGGAAGACGGUGAACCCCCUAAGAAACCAAGUGAGAAUGAACUUGAGCCACCAAAUGAGAUUAGAGAUGUUGUGGACAAACCUGCCAUCAAAGAAGAAAAGACGAGUAAAGAGAUUGAAGAUGAGAAGAACGAAGCAGAUAAGACAGAAGAAAAGGCGGCAGAGCUUCCAGUAGAAGCUAAGAAAGUGGAGGACAAUAAAAUCCUGCUUAAGAAGAGCACACAGCUACUCUUGGAGUUGGGUAAAGUUAACGGCUCCUACAACUUCAGCUUCCACAUGGAGUUCGGGGCUCUGGCCGAGGGUCUGUACAAUUUCAACUUCCACUACUGUCAGAACAUGGAGCCUGGAAUCGACAGGCCGUACUCGUUCGCUCUGGAGAUGACAGAGAAGAAUCCAGGAGGCUUCUUAUCUGCUGCAGAAAUCCCCCUCUCUCGCCUUUACAUUUGUAUGGCCGGAGUCUUCUUCACCGCUGCCAUGGUCUGGGUGUACACACUCAUGAAGCACAGGUACAGUGUGUUUAAGAUCCACUGGCUGAUGGCGGCGCUGGCCUUCACAAAGUCCACUUCACUGGUUUUCCACAGUAUCAACUAUCACUUCAUCAACACUGAAGGACAUCCUAUUGAAGGCUGGGCUGUCAUGUACUAUAUCACACAUCUGCUGAAGGGGGCUCUCCUGUUCAUCACACUGGCACUGAUUGGAACCGGCUGGGCUUUCGUCAAAUACAUCCUGUCUGACAAGGAAAAGAAGAUCUUCAUGAUUGUUAUCCCUCUGCAGGUCCUGGCUAAUGUCGCUUUCAUCAUCAUCGAGUCUACAGAGGAAGGCUCUAGUGAAUACGCCCUGUGGAAGGAGAUCCUCUUCCUGGUCGACCUCAUCUGCUGCGGAGCCAUCCUUUUCCCUGUCGUCUGGUCUAUCCGUCAUCUACAAGAGGCCUCUAGCACCGAUGGCAAAGCCGCCAUGAACUUGGAGAAGCUGAAGCUCUUCCGGCAUUAUUAUGUGAUGAUUGUGUGUUAUAUCUACUUUACGAGGAUCAUAGCCAUUCUGCUCAAAGUCACCAUGCCUUUCGAGUGGCAGUGGUGCUACGAGUUUCUGGUGGAGGUGUCUACUCUGAUCUUUUUCGUGUUGACGGGCUACAAGUUCAGACCGGCGUCCAAUAACCCCUACCUCCAACUCCCCCUGGACGAGGAGGACGUAGAGAUGGAUGAAGUAGUGACUGAGUCAGGUGCACUGGAGGGUAUUUCCAAAGUGAAGAAGACGUCUAACGGACGCGAUCGCCAGAAAGAGUCCACCUUGUGAGUGAGAGGCUGCAUCUUCGGGAGGGACCCACUAAAACAUCCCCCAGGGCCAGCUGGUACAGAGGGGGUACACAUGGACCAAGGCUUCCCACCCCCACCCCCCCUCCACUACCCCCAGUGACAGCUUUCCUUUUGAAACUCUUUAAGUGGUUGCAGUGGUCAUGCCCACUGUCUGGCUAUGCAAAAAAAAAAAAAAAACACACACUAACUUUUGUUGGACGCUCUUCAUUUCCUCGGAACAAUUCACCCAGAAACUCGGAAAGGUUUCAGGAUGAGACGGGCUCCUGCCACAAGGAAGGGUGGUGGAAUGGAAGAGAGCUCUGAUGUUUCUUUCUUUUUCUUUAUCGCACUCUCUCUCUCUUUCUCUCUCUCUCUCUCUCUCUCUUCCUCUUCCUCUCUCUAACUCUCUCUCUCUCUGUCGCUCUCCAAAGAUAAUUAUCAUUUUAGAGAAAGACUUGCUUUUGGGUGUGUUUAUCGGCUAUUUAAAAUGGUACUUCUUCGAGAUUCUUAGCUGUACCUUUUUGUGUGUGGUGUGAGUACACGUGUGUGUGGAUGUAAGGCGACAUAAAAUUUGGACACGUUGUAUUUUUCUUUUCUUUUUUGGAGACAAUAGCCCAUACUCAGGUAAAAGGCUAAUCAGUAUAUUUAAAAAAACAUUUAAGCAACACAUCGAUUCUGUUUCCCACCAUUCAGGGGUCAGUAAUGUCCUUUUUGGUCAUUAUACAGUACAACUUCAUCACCACACAGUACAAUAUAUGUUACUUUUUCUGAUAUAACUGAUAUGUAUAUUGAAAUAUAUGGAUGUUUAGAGGUUGUAUAUUUCAAUAUAUUUACUUAUUACAUAUUGAAAUAUGUUAUAUUUCAGUAUUAUUGUUUAUGUUGGAGAGGUGUAAUAGUUCCUCCCAGUUUGUCACAUGGACCGCUGCUGUAAUUUAGUGCUUUAGUGGUUGAGGUCAGUGAAUUCAGCCCAGAUGGCAACAUGUGGACCUCUUAAUGGAUAAACCGGUUUUGGAUCAUUCUCUCAAAUAACCAGACCAGUGUCCCUGAUUGUGUUCAACGACUGCCUUUUUCUUUUUGUUUUUUUUCCUCCUUUUGGCCAUUAUGUGCCAAUCUGGGCAGAGAAGUGACCUAACUGAUCAUAUUUGCAUUCGUCUGCUUUUGGUUUUACCUUUCUGCUCUUGAUGUGAAGCUUAUUUUAUUAAUUAUUGAAGACUUAUUGGUUAUGAAAGAUGAGAAAUAUGUGCAGCCGGGGCAGGUAGACGGCCAUUUGUAAAUAAUUUAAGAGGGGGAGGCACAUACCACUUUCAUCAGAACUGUGUAGAGGCUUCAUAGACGGCGUUUUUUCAGACAGUAAUGACACAAGUUCAGUUUUCAUUGAAAUUUUUUGAUUCCUUUUUUUUGACAGGUGGAGCGUAAAUGUAAGGAAUCAAGGAAAGACUACUGAGAUUUAACCGCAGACACUCCUGUACAGUGACGGCAGAGCUUACACGGUGUUUACGGACUGUUAAUGUGUUGACGAGAGUAUAAACGGUCAGUAAAGUAGUGGAGAAGGUUUCCUGCUUGUUACAGAGGGCUGUUUGAUGUCUGUGCGAACUGUCACAAUAAAGCUGGUGUUCUGGAAAGGUCUCAAAUGAA